UAUCUAAUAAUAUUGAACAAAAUUAUUUAUAAUUUGACAAUUAAAUUGCCGUUUAACAAUGGGUCCGCCAAAACGGUUCAAAAAAGAUAAUGACAGAGGUAAAUGGAAAAAGCGUAAGGAAGAUCCAGAAGAAUAUAAUGAUGAUGAUUCUUUAGAUGAUAAUGAAACUGAGGGUAUACCUGAUGCAGCCAAAAAUGAUGUUGAAAAACAAGAUGAUACAGCAUUGGAAGAUGAAUUUGGUGCAAAGGAUUAUCGUUCACAGAUGAUUUUAAAGCCUGACUGUACUUUAAGACCACUCUGGGUGGCACCAAAUGGGCAUAUUUUUUUGGAAUCAUUUUCACCUGUGUACAAACAUGCUCAUGAUUUCCUAAUUGCUAUCUCAGAACCUGUUUGUCGCCCAGAACAUAUUCAUGAAUAUAAAUUGACUGCUUAUUCUUUGUAUGCUGCAGUCAGUGUUGGUCUUCAAACACACGAUAUAAUAGAAUACUUAAAAAGACUUAGUAAAACUAGCAUUCCUGAUGGUAUAAUAGAAUUUAUAAAAUUGUGUACAUUAUCAUAUGGUAAAGUGAAAUUAGUAUUAAAGCACAAUAAGUAUUUUGUUGAAUCUCCAUAUCCGGAAGUAUUGCAGAAACUACUAAAGGACCCUGUAAUUCAAGAAUGUAGAUUAAAAAAGAAUGUAGAAGAUGAGAAAGAUGAAAUAAUUACAAAUGUCCAAAACAAAACAAAGGCACCACAGUUUGGAGCCAAGGGAAUGACCAGUGUACCAACUGGAACCACGAAAGUGACAGAAAUAACUAAUGAUCAAGUUCCAGCAGAAACAGCUACUGUUCCUGAAGAUAUAACUACCUUUUAUGAUAAAAUGGAUAAAGAAGAUGAGGAUGAAGAAGAAGAACACGAAUUAAAGACAGUUAGUUUUGAAGUAAAUCAGGAAAAAAUUGAAGUUAUACAAAAGAGAUGUAUAGAAUUGGAGUAUCCUUUAUUAGCAGAAUACGACUUUCGUAAUGAUACCGUAAAUCCAGAUAUAAACAUUGACUUGAAACCAUCAGCUGUGCUGAGACCUUAUCAGGAAAAGAGUUUAAGAAAAAUGUUUGGAAAUGGACGUGCUAGAUCAGGUGUCAUAGUUUUGCCUUGCGGUGCUGGUAAAAGUUUAGUUGGAGUAACAGCUUGUUGCACAGUUCGGAAACGUGCAUUAGUAUUAUGUAAUUCUGGAGUGUCGGUAGAACAGUGGAAACAGCAAUUUAAGAUGUGGUCAACUGCGGACGACUCAAUGAUUUGUCGAUUUACAAGUGAAGCAAAAGACAAGCCUAUGGGGUGUGGAAUAUUAAUUACAACAUAUUCUAUGAUUACUCACACUCAGAAACGUUCAUGGGAAGCAGAACAAACUAUGCGAUGGCUUCAAGAACAAGAAUGGGGAAUCAUGGUUUUAGAUGAGGUACAUACAAUUCCUGCAAAAAUGUUCAGAAGAGUCUUAACAAUCGUUCAGUCUCAUUGUAAAUUGGGAUUGACUGCAACAUUACUUCGUGAAGAUGACAAAAUUGCUGAUCUCAAUUUUCUGAUUGGACCAAAAUUGUAUGAAGCCAACUGGUUAGAAUUACAAAAAAGGGGCUUUAUUGCAAGAGUACAAUGUGCCGAAGUUUGGUGUCCUAUGACACCAGAAUUUUAUAGAGAAUAUCUUGGUUGUAAAAUGAGUAAAAAAUUGUUACUUUAUGUAAUGAAUCCAAACAAAUUUCGUUGUUGUCAAUAUUUAAUACGAUAUCACGAAAGGCGUGGCGAUAAAACUAUUGUUUUCUCAGAUAACGUUUUCGCUUUGAAGCAUUAUGCCAUUAAAAUGAAUAAGCCAUAUAUCUAUGGUCCAACUAGUCAAAGUGAACGAAUACAAAUUUUGCAAAAUUUCAAAUUCAAUACUAAAGUAAAUACUAUAUUUGUGAGUAAAGUGGCAGAUACUUCUUUUGAUUUACCGGAAGCUAAUGUUUUAAUUCAAAUAUCUUCGCAUGGUGGUUCACGACGUCAAGAAGCACAACGUUUAGGACGAAUUUUGAGAGCUAAAAAAGGUGCUAUUGCAGAGGAAUACAAUGCAUUCUUCUAUACGUUGGUAUCACAAGAUACGAUGGAAAUGAAUUAUUCGAGAAAGCGCCAGCGUUUUCUUGUGAAUCAGGGAUACGCUUAUAAAGUCAUUACAAAACUCGCAGGAAUGGAAGAGGAACCAGAUUUGAUGUAUUCAUCUCGAGAAGAACAGGGCCAUUUGUUACAACAAGUUUUAUCUGCGAGUGAUAUGGAUGCGGAUGAGGAAAGGAUACCCGGAGAAGGGCCAAGACCCAUUAUACGUAAAGCCGGAAACAUGACUUCAAUGUCUGGUGCAGAUGAUGCAGUUUAUUAUGAAUAUAAAAAAGCUCCCAGUUCAUCUACGGCAAACAAACAUCCACUGUUUAAAAAAUUUAGAACAUAGAAGUUUUUAACUGCGUGUAUU